CAGAAAGAACACGAGGAUAGUGUUACCAUGACAACAUGAUCAACAGUUUUAACGAGCAACGAUAUUUCCGUGUCUGUAGGCAAAAAUAACUUUAUUUUUGAUUUAAAAAGAAAGAGAAAAAAUGAUUCCGCCAGCGGAUUCUCUUCUGAAAUAUGAUACCCCUAUGUUGGUCAAGACAACCUCCGGGGAGAAAUCUCCAAAGGUGCGCCAAAUAAAAAGGAUCCCUCUGCAGGGCCCUGAUGCAGCAGUUCCACCAUCUCCUAAAUCAAAACCUGCAACCAGUGAUGUCAGCAAAAUGGAAAACGAGGAGAUCCUGGAUGCUAUCCUUCCACCCAGGGAAUGGUCAGAAGGAAACCAGCUGUGGGUGCAGAAGGUAUCCAGUGUACCUUGUACAAGACCAGAAAUAAUCCACCUGAAGGAAGAGCUGGACACAAAGCUGGAGCAGAGACAGGCCAGACACACAGGCAUCUGUCCUAUCCGCAGAGAGCUUUAUUCUCAGUGCUUUGAUGAAUUAAUCAGACAGGUAACCAUCAUCUGUGCUGAGAGGGGUCUGCUUCUGCUGCGAGUCAGAGAUGAGCUUAAAAUGACCAUUGCCACGUACCAAACACUGUACGAAAGCAGCAUCGCUUUUGGCAUGAGAAAGGCACUGCAGGCUGAACACGGAAAGGCGGACAUAGAAAAAAAAAUUUUAGAUCUGGAAAGUGAGAAGCAGGAACUCAUGAGACAACUAGAUGAACAGAAGGAGAGAUGUGAUGCAAUUGAAAAGAGGGAAACUGAGAAGAGACAAGUGGAGGAAAGAAAGUUCAAUGAGGAAAUUCAGUUCUUGAAGAAAACCAAUCAACAGCUCAAGACACAACUGGAUGGGAUGAUUAAUCCAAAGAAGUGAAACCUCUCACACCGGAUAUCAGAUUUAAUACAAGAUGGGUUUUUUUCUCCACUUGAUAAAUGAAUGAGUUGACAGCUGCAGGAAAUUUCGCAUUUU